AUGAUAGACCACGUCCUCGGGCGGCCCUCGGCCAAGUCGCGACGCCUGCAGGUGCUUGCUGUUCUCACCUUCUGGUCCUUCUACCUCGUCAAGGGUGACCGACAUGGCCCUCCCGGCGCCCAGAUGCUCUCGAGGCUCUCGACCAAGCGCUUGACGGCAUGGCAGACGGUUGCCAUCACAAUGCUCUACCUCUACGCUGCACGCAAUUUCAGCGCCCUCGUCGGACUUGCGAGCCCCGAGCCCAUGGCCAAUAUGUACGAUGCCACAUACUACCGUGCAACAUGGGUCUUGACUGCGCUGGACGCGGGAUUCUGGACCGCCAUGAAGAUCAAAUCCAAAUGGCUCCGCGACCUGGCGAGCAUGGUCUUCUCUCUCUUCUACCUCGUCGCGGCCGAGAAAGCCGAUGAAAAGGUCCGCAAAGUUAGAGGCAUGCUUACCGUGGACCACCUCCGUGUAGCAUGGAACAAGGGUACCUCGCCGUAUCUGAGUUUCUUUCAAGGACUCAUGCGUCCACGGUUCAUGCGAUGGCCACCCAGGCAACUGCGAAUCCCCAGGCCAGCAGACAGCGAUUACAAGGAGCCUGUGCUGGCCUGGCUCUACUUCGACGGGCCGCUGGCGGACCUCGAGCGACAUGACAGAUUGAUUCUAGACAUCCCAGGCGGUGGCUUUGUCGCUAUGGACCCGCGGUGCAAUGAUGACAAGUUGUUCGCCUGGGCUGCCAAGUCUGGCCUGCCAAUCCUCAGCCUGGACUACAAAAAAGCACCAGAGUUUCCAUAUCCUUAUGCCCUCAACGAGUGUUAUGACGUCUACUCGACGAUUAUCAACACCAAAGGAAGAUGUUUGGGUAUGCCUGGAACGGAGACUCCAAGGGUGAUUAUCACGGGAGAUAGUGCUGGCGGGAACUUGGCCGUUGCCGCCACGCUGAUGAUCCUCGAGACAAGCAACGCCCAGUUUCGUCGAUCUACUAGAAGCAAUCUACCCGCCCCCGAUGGGCUUGUUUGCUUCUAUCCUGCCUUGGACAUGAAUAUUGGCAACUGGAUGACGGACGAACAAAUGUCCCUGAUUCAAGAUCGCAAGAUGAGGAAGACGAACAGGCCUAUUGUGAGGCGCAAGAGUAUGCAGUAUAAUGCUCUAGUCGGAACACCUCAUCACUCAGAAGACGAGGAUGACACAACGCCUCCACUGCAGCCAAAACAGAACGGCACGAAGCCGCAAGACAAUCCGAUGGCUUCAAACCACAGCCCAAGCAGCCCAAAUCCGGAAGUAGCUGAUAGUGGCCCUAAGACGGUUAAACGCCCGAAGGAGAACGGAAUAUCCAAUGUCAAAGAGACAUCCCCCCAGGUAGAGCCUAUGAGGACACGGCUGGCGACGUCAUCAAUGAUUUCGUACUUCAACGACAGAGUACUGACGCCAGAGAUGAUGCGGGCCAUGAUCAUCUUGUACAUUGGUGCACAUAACCGGCCGGACUUUAGCCAAGACUAUCUUCUUUGCCCUGUGCUGGCGCCGGAGGCCCUAUUGGUCAACUUCCCCAAGACCUAUUUCUUGACUGGAGAACGAGACCCAUUGGUAGAUGACACGGUCAUAUUUGCAGCCAGGCUGCGGAGGGCCAAGGAGGCAGCGUUCCUACAGGAAAGAUCGACGAGGAGUCAGUAUACGAAUGGCAAGGAGCCGGAAUUCAACGAGCGAGAUGUAGCUGAAGUGAUGCUCAUCCCUGGAACAUCGCAUGGCUUCAUGCAGUUCCCAGCAGUCUACCCACCGGCUUGGAAGCAUUUCGACCGAAGCGUAGGCUGGUUUGAACAACUCUUCGACCACGUGGAUGCUGUGCGCUUGCGCGACAUCCGGGCAAGGACUGCUGCGAUGUAUGGCUAUGAGGGACGUCAGGCCCGAACUGAGUCGAGCGGAGACGAGGACAAGCCACUGGAGAUUAGCAUGACCAAGCUGAACCGAGGAAGAAGCUCGACUCAAUCGCAGGUACCAGAUAUAAAAGAUCAAGAUAGCGAUAGUGGUAGCAAUACCGCGACACCAACAGGACCGAGAAACGGCGCUAAGAACUGGAAGACAGGGAGGAAGAGCAAGAGGCAGAAGGGCUUGGGACUUGGCAAAAGCAAAAACAUGAACAAGAGUCUGAUCAAGCUCAACAGCUCCGACGACCUGCUGGGCAGGCGAAUGCAAGGCCUCGCGAGUGGGUUGACGGGGCUGGGCGACGACGACUGA